AUGUAUGAUGGAGCUAUGGGAACUAUGAUUCAGAAUUAUGCCAAGAAGAACAAGCUUGAUGAAGCUGAGUUCAGAGGAGAAAAGUUCAAGGACUGGGGAGUUAAUGUUAAGGGUAACAAUGAUAUGUUGGGUAUCACUCAGCCUAAGGUGAUCAAAGAUAUCUACAUGGCCUACUUGGAAGAAGGAGAAUCUGAUUUCAUUGGUACAAACACAUUUUCUGGUACUACUAUUGCUAUGGCUGAUUAUGAAAUGGAGAAUUACAUUUACGAACUCAACUAUGAGAACGCUCGAUUGGCCCGUGAAGCCUGUGAUGAGGUCACAGCAAAGAACCCUGAAAAACCAAGAUUUGUGAUUGGAGCGAUUGGCCCAACCAAYCGCACUGGAUCCAUAUCACCUUCUGUUGAAGACYCAUCAGCUCGUAAUGUUACAUUUGAUGAGCUUGUUGACGCCUACUUUGAACAGUGUGUUGGUUUGGUUGACGGAGGUUGUGAUAUCUUGAUGGUGGAGACUAUUUUUGAUACAUUGAAUGCCAAAGCAGCUGUAUACGCUGUUGGUGAAUACCUUGAAAUGAUUGGGCUUGAUAUUCCCCUAUUCAUUUCUGGUACUCUUGUUGAUCAAUCUGGAAGAACUCUUUCUGGGCAGACAGGAGAAGCCUUCUAUGCCUCUUUGCGUCACAGCAAGCCAAUGUGCAUUGGUAUUAAUUGUGCUCUUGGAGCCACCCAUAUGGUUCCAUUUGUUGAGAGGCUUCAUAAGAUAGCUGAAUGCUUCUUGCAAGUCUAUUCCAAUGCUGGGCUUCCAAAUGCAAUGGGAGGCUAUGAUGACACUCCUGAGGAUAUGGCUAACUCCAAUGAGGUGUUCUUUAAGAAUGGAUGGCUGAACAUGGUUGGUGGUUGCUGUGGAUCAACACCUCCUCACAUUAAGGCCAUCAAAGAUCGUGCUGCAAAUUAUGCGCCUCGGAAGCUUCCUGAUAUAGGCAGACCAAAGAUGUGGCUUUCUGGUCUUGAGGAUUUGGUUGUUGAUGAUGUUCACAACCACCUAGGACUUCCUUUUUUGAAUGUUGGUGAGCGCUGCAAUAUUGCAGGAUCAAUGAAGUUCAAGAAGCUGAUGAUGGCUGGCAACUAUGCUGCUGCGAUGGACAUAGCAAAGAAGCAGGUUGAAGAUGGUGCUCAUGUGGUUGAUAUUAAUGUUGAUGAUGGCAUGCUUGAUGGUUUGGCAGCAAUGCAGAAGUUUGUCAAGAUUGCUGUAACUGAACCAGAAAUUGCUAAGGUCCCAUUCAUGCUUGAUGCAUCCAAGUUUGAGAUUGUGAUGGCUGGCUUGAAGUGGUGCCAAGGUAAACCUAUUGUCAACUCUAUUUCUCUGAAGGUUGGUGAGGAGCUUUUCAAGGAGCAAGCAACUUUGCUGAGGAAGCAUGGAGCAGCAGUUGUAGUGAUGGCCUUUGACGAAGAAGGCCAAGCAGCAUCUGAGUCUGAAAAGGUCCGUAUUUGCAAGCGAUCAUAUGAUAUUUUGGUGAAUGAAGUUCGCUUCCCUCCUGAGGAUAUCAUCUUUGACCCCAAUGUGUUGACUAUUGGAACUGGGAUGGAGGAACAUGCUGACUAUGGUGUGGCUUUCAUUAAUGCAACAAAGACUAUCAAAGAGAUUUGUCCCUAUGCAAAGAUCAGUGGUGGUAUCUCCAACUUGUCUUUUGGAUUCCGUGGUGUAACAAAGAUCCGCGAGUCUAU